CUCACAGCUACUUGACUUUAGCUGCGGGAGGCCAUUUGACACUUUCCACAAAACUGCCAGAUAGGCCUGUCCUUGGGCUUUCAAACGACGAAAUCGCUGGUUAUUCAACUCAAGGCCAUGGAUGGCCUUUCCUCUUUCGAUAUGGCAUUGCGAGGUUCGUAUGUAUGUCUGUGGCUUGGCCGAGUUCUUCCUUGUGGCUCAACUUAUCUCGACAACCCCUCUUCCCUUCUAGCACUAGCGCCUACGAUAAGAGUGGGGCCCACACAAAUAGUUUUGUGGGUGAGUUGGCUCAGUGUAGGUAAAUUCAGUUUCACCACGAACCUGGCUUGGAUAUAUCCUCUCCUCCCCAAAUCAUCAACGAACGCAGCAAUCCACACCAUUAGAGCCGUAUCUAUUGGAAGACUGUCAACAUGUCUAAGAUCACAGUCGCCGGAGUGCGUUCCCAAAUUGAGGAACUCCUCAACUACUCCCUCAACGAGAAGAAGCGAAACUUCCUCGAGACCGUUGAGCUUCAGAUCGGCCUCAAGAACUAUGACCCUCAGCGUGACAAGCGUUUCAGCGGCACCAUCAAGCUGCCCUCGGUCCCCCGGCCCAACAUGAGCAUCUGCAUUCUCGGUGACCAGCACGAUAUUGACCGUGCCAAGCACGGUGGUGUCGAUGCUAUGUCUUCUGAUGACUUGAAGAAGCUCAACAAGAACAAGAAGUUGAUCAAGAAGCUUGCCCGCAAGUACGAUGCAUUCGUCGCAUCUGAGGCCCUGAUCAAGCAGAUUCCCCGUCUCCUCGGUCCCGGUCUGUCCAAGGCUGGCAAGUUCCCUACACCAGUCUCUCACGCCGAUGACCUCACUGGCAAGCUUAACGAGGUCAAGUCCACCAUCAAGUUCCAGCUCAAGAAGGUGCUUUGCAUGGGUGUCGCUGUCGGCAAUGUCGGUAUGACUCAGGACGAGCUGGUCGCCAACAUUAUGUUGGCCAUCAACUACCUUGUCUCUCUUCUGAAGAAGGGCUGGCAGAACGUUGGUAGCCUUACUAUCAAGGCUACCAUGUCGCCUCCCCGACGUCUCUACUAA